GGACUGAUAAGCGCUGAAGGGCUUAAGAGAGGCUUGCAGAUAGGAUUCACAGUCUGCCCCCAAAACUUGGUAUUGAAAGUUAAUCCGUUGGUAUUAGGAGUGUGAUUUCCUUCUUUACCCAUCGUUGCCCUAGCCCUAACUCAUCAAAGCAGCAGCAGCAAAAGGGAGAGGCAAAGAGAAGCUCUUCUUCUUCAGAUUUUCAAUCUCAGUACAGCAAGCUCUCUCUCAUCUUUCAGAUUUUUGAUCUCAGUAUAGCAAGCUCUCUCUCAGAUUCAGCUGAGUAUCUGCUACGUCGGUACAAGUGAGAUGCUUUCUCCAAGGAAAUAGCGUGGAUGGAGUUUUGGGAAGCAAGAGCUUCUUGGGCUUAAGAUGUAAUGAGCGAGACUCAAUUUGUGUAACUAAGCAAUGACUUGGAAACAUGUAAGCCUACAUGGCAUUUAACUAGUUGUUAAACAGUGAACUCUGAUAAAUGAAAGUAUGUUAUUUCUUAUAUUUAUUCCGCAUAUGAGUUAUCUUUAUUGUAUUAUUUUGGGGGAGUGGCAGUGUGUGCUCACAAGACAUGCAAUUCAUAUAUGUCUUACUUGGAUGGGAAGGAUCUGCUUCUGACUCUAGGGUACUUAGAGAUGCUGUCAGUAGACCCAAUGGGUUGAAAGUGCCUACUGGUAUGAACAUGGAUGAUAUGGACUACUCAAUGUCUACUUCAGGUAUUUCCAACUGUGCUGACUCUACGAAAACUGGAAAAAAAGGGGCUCAACCUGCUGAGGGAAUUCCUACUGAACUAUCUGAGACGGCAAAAAGUCUUGGAUCAUUCAUUGAGAAUACUAAUACUACGAUGGUGGAGAUUGCUCAUAGGAUAGGAUAUUCACAUGACCUAUCCCAACAAAGGAGGUUGGUUAAUGAAGAACUUCUGAAGUUGCCAAUAAGUACUACCCAAAGGUUGAUGACAGCAUCUAUGAUAGUGAAAGAUGAAGACAAAGUUGACUUAUUCUUCAGUUUAGAUGAGAAUGACAAGAUGGAGUGGGUUUCUUUGUUAUUGGAAGGUCAUAUUUGACUAUGGUAUCUAUUUUAUGAUGGUCUUUUUGUUUGCCACAUGACUUCGGUAAUGUAUUAUGUGAUACAUAAAUAUUAUAGCUUAGGUAUUAUCGCGGAUGCACAUGGUGCAUAAUUUUGCAUGGAAAUCAUGGAUAUGUAGACUUGCCCUUUCAUGGUGGAUUUCCAUAGUAUGUUUUCAUGGUUGAAUAUAUGGUUAAACCAUUUGGGCUGUUUUUUCCAUUGGUGUUGUUCAGAAUUUUGUUGGGUAUGGUCUUGUUUGGCUCAUUGUCACUCACAGAUUGCCUACUUUGCCUUUGUGAGCGAUCAGUUCUCUCUCUCUCUCUCUCUCUU